UUUCUCUCUUCAGUUCGCGAGUUUUCAUAUCCUUCCUGCUCUAAUUCAUAGCAAUCUAUUACUUUUACUUGUUUUUGACAACAUCGGUCAUUUCCAAUAUGCAUGCGGAGCUUUCAUAGGUGUGUGUUUUUAAUUAGAGUGUGUGUGCAGAUGCGCGGAACGCGUCGCUCCAGCAGUGCGUCUGCUCUCCUCCACACGCGCGCGCCUCUUUCCUCGCGUGCAGGUGUGACAUUCCUCGGACACCCGAGAUCAUUAGAACCCGAGACCGAAGCAUCAUGACGGACUCCUCUACUGCUGCUGACCCCGCAGCUGCUGCUGGUCCUCCUGAAGAUCACGGUCCUGAUCCUGGUCCCGGCUCUCUCCGGGAUCCAGCGGUGGUGGAUCCCGCAACGACUCCCGCAAACGGACAGCAUCCGAACCAAGAUACUUUGGGCAUGGAGCAGCAAAUGAAGAUAGGCGAACCGGAGGAUAAUGGUCUCCUAGAGAGCAGCAUGCGUUUGAAACCUCACGAGGCACAGAGUUACAGAAAAAAGGCACUAUGGGUAUCGUGGGUCUCUAUAGUGGUGACGAUAAUAUUGGCCAUCGCAGCAUUCACUGUUUCUAUAAUGCGGCAUAGUGCAUCAUCGUUUGGGUUCGCGUUUGAUGCUACUCUUGACGUUCUAUCCUCCAUGAUUGUACUUUGGCGAUACAGCAAUGCCGCGGCUGUCCAUUCAGCACACAGAGAGCACAUAGCUUGUGUUAUCCUCGGGGUUGUGUUUAUCCUGUCGGCCUUCACUAUCCUGGCGAAAGCCAUCCACGAUCUCGCCACAAAGCUGCUACCAGAAGUGGAUGAUUUCCUGUACAGCGUGUCUGUGAUUAGUGGGGUGGUGUGCGCCAUUCUGUCUGUCUGUAAGUUCAUGCUGGGGAAAGUCCUCACCAGCAGGGUGCUCAUCACUGAUGGCUUUAACUCUUUGGUUGGAGGCGUGAUGGGCUUUUCCAUCCUAAUCAGCGCUGAGGUUUUUAAACAUGAACCUAACAUCUGGUUCCUGGAUGGGACUGUCGGUGUUCUGAUUGGACUGGUCAUCCUCGCCUACGGAGUCAAGCUGUUAGUCGACACGGUCCCCCGCGUCAGGCAGACGAGGCAUUAUGAGCGUUUUGAGUAGGACUAGACGACUCAACUCACACAAACACUCUUCUUCAGGUUCUCUUGAGUGGGAAAACACAAACAUACACACUUUUUCUUGCCUCAGGGCAAAUGCUAGCACAAAUUCCUCUUGUAAAUAUGGAAAUGAGGGAAAAACUCAGAAUAUAUAAAACGUGUUUUAUAGUAUUCAAGCUUUCUGAUAAUGAGCCGUUGGGUCUCUCCAAGUGCGAUGACGCAUCUAAGUAGUAUCGCUGUCACUUGGACGAAAUUUGGUACAAGACACGCACAGUUUCUUGAUUAUAUUAUAUGAUAUUUUAAACCCAGAUUCACUAUGGAUAGAAAUGACAUGUCUGUAUGGGUUUAUCAGGUAAUCAUGACAUAGAUUGUCAUUUUAUCUAUUUUUUAUUUUUUUUUACAGUUUCCAUUUAGUAACACAUACAUCUUUAGUAGACUGAAAUAUAUCUUAAAGGGAUAGUUCACCCAAAAAUGUAAAUUCUCUCAUGAUUUACUCUCCCUCAUGCCAUCCCAGAUGUGUAUGACAUACUUUCUUUAGCAGUACACAGAUUAAGAUUUUAGAAGAAUAUCUCAGCUCUGUUGGUCCAC